CAAUAAUAUAAUUAAAUAAGAAAUUUUUGGUUGGCCCAUAAGUUUAUAGGUCCAUAGGUUUUGUGCAUAAUAAUAGAUCUCUCUCUCUCCCUCUCUUGGAUCAAUCAAAUUCUGAAAGUCGAUCUCCUCUCUAGCUCAGUGUCAAUGUCAAUGUUGAAACUCAACAUCCCCACUUUCCCAAAUUUAGCGUCAUCUCUGUUCCCAAAUUCGAACCCAAGAGGACCCAGCGAGAUUCGAUUCUCCAACAGAUCAAAUUCGAACCCAAGAGGACCCAGCCAGAUUCGAUUCUCUAACCGAUGGGGCAAGGCUAACGCCGAUCUCCUCUCUCUCUCUCUCUUGGAUCAACGUUGCAGAAGGGAUCAAAUUCGUUGUUGCGGGAUGGCAGGAGGAGGAGGUGAUCAUCAUCAUGUGGGAGUGUGGUGGGACCUGAACACGUGUCCAGUUCCGGUUGGUGUAGACCCUCGUUGUGUCCGUGCGUGUAUAGAAUCUGCGUUGGAGAAGCAGAUUGGUCGUCGUUCUGCAGUCAGCAUCUAUGCCAUUGGAAACUUAGAAUACAUCUCUACUGACCUCUUGCAAAACAUCUCUUCCUCUGGAAUCAUUCUUACUCACGCCCCCUGGGGUGUGCCCGACUUAUAUGAAUUUCUGGACGAAUGGUCUGAUGAUGAGCUUAAAAAACCAUAUCCUCCGAAUUACAUAAUGAUGAUAUCGGGUGAUUAUGAUAUGCUUUAUCCUCAGCGUUUUCGGUGUUAUGGAUUCACUAAUUUUGUUGCAUAUCCCGAAGAUGUUGCCGUAGCUGCCCCUCUUGACGAGCUAUCACUGUUAGCUGAAGAGUUUGACAAAGUGUUUGCCAAAGAGUUUGACUGGGAAACUUUAUUGAGUGAUAAUUUGGGUGAAACUUUAUUAUUGAGUUAUGAAAAACCUCUGUGCAUUUGCAACAUAUGCAAUGAUGUUUACCAAGUAUGUGACGAAUUCAUCACUCAUCUCAAGAGUGAAGAGCACAGAAACCAGGCACUUGAGCAAGCAGCAUGCAUCGACCGCCACGGUAAGCCUAAAUAUUUUUGCCAAGUUUGCAAUUAUCCAGUCUAUGGCGAAUAUCUGCUCUUCCUCCAUAACCAAAGUGAAGCACAUAAUCGCAAGCUGGUUGAGAAACAGGCUCAAGAAGAGGAGUAUUGCCAGAGCAGGAAGACAAAUCCAGAAUUGGAUCUCUUCUACGAGAGAAACAAGGAGCCAAGGCAGCCUAAGGAAGAAGAAGAAGAAGCAGCAGCUAGAGUGCGUGCAUCCCCAUGGGGUCUUUGUGUUAAAGAGUUUUACUAAAUAAUGGACUACUUAAUUAUUAUUAUUAUUAUGCUGAACUAGGGUUGGCCCGCCCUACGCGGCGGGAUAUUAGUUAAUUUGAUAUUCACUAAAUGUUCGAGUUGAAAUUUGUUUUAAGAUUCAAAAAUUUGGUUAUCUGUUAUGUGUUACUUAUUAGUAUGCGGUGGUACAGUUGUUUUUCGAUUA